AAAGUUCAUUUCUUUUGACAGCAAAAACACAGACACCAUCUUUAUAAGCUGCCUCUCUGCUUCGUCUCGCACUGGGUCUCUUCUCUCUCUCUCACUCUCUCUCUGUCUCAGUGAGUAGUGCUCAAGCAAGAACAUUGCACAAUGCCUCCAUCGUCGAAAUGGGUUGCCAUGUCAAUGGCUGUUUCGUUGCUCCACCUCCUGUCUCGUGCCCCGGCGGUGGAAUCAUCUCUCGCUAUGUUGGACAGCAUCGCCCAGUUGCCGGGUCAGCCUCCUGUCGGGUUCCGGCAGUACUCGGGCUAUGUGACCGUUGACGAGCAGAAACAGAGGGCUCUGUUUUACUACUUCGCGGAAGCAGAGCUGGACCCAGCUUCGAAGCCUCUUGUCCUUUGGCUCAAUGGAGGGCCCGGUUGCUCUUCUCUUGGAGUUGGAGCGUUUUCUGAGAAUGGACCGUUUAGGCCUAGUGGAGAUGUGCUUGUCAGGAAUGAGUACAGCUGGAACAGAGAAGCGAACAUGCUGUACUUGGAAGCGCCGAUUGGAGUUGGGUUCUCUUAUUCAACCGAUACCUCCUCUUAUGAAGCUGUCAAUGACAAGAUCACUGGCAUGGACAAUCUGGCGUUCUUGCAAAGAUGGUUUGUCAAAUUCCCACAAUACAAAUACAGUAACUUGUUCAUUACUGGGGAGAGCUACGCAGGUCACUAUGUUCCCCAACUGGCAGAGCUCAUCCUUCAAAUCAACAGGAAUGAGAAGAUGUUCAAUCUAAAAGGCAUUGCUCUAGGUAAUCCGGUUCUUGAAUUUGCUACGGACUUCAACUCGAGGGCCGAGUUCUUUUGGUCACACGGAUUGAUUUCAGAUACGACAUAUAAAAUGUUCACUUCCAUCUGCAAUUACUCGAGGUAUGUGAGUGAAUACGCCCAAGGUUCCGUUUCACCUAUUUGCUCGUGGGUGAUGAGCCAAGUUAGCAAAGAAACAAGCAAGUUCGUCGACAACUACGAUGUUAUACUCGAUGUUUGUAUAGCAUCUGUAAUGUCACAAUCUAGACGUCUUAGUCCUCAGCGCGUUACUGAAACUGUAGAUGUGUGCGUGGAAGAUGAGACGGUUAAUUAUCUCAAUAGACGAGACGUGCAGAAAGCCCUCCAUGCACGGCUUGUAGGAGUUCGCAAAUGGGCUGUUUGCAGCGAUGUUCUUGAUUAUGAUUGGACAAACAUGGAAAUACCAACAAUCACUAUCCUAGGCAAACUAGUAAAGGCUGGAAUUCCUGUUCUAGUUUACAGUGGAGACCAAGAUUCUGUAGUACCGCUAACUGGAAGUCGAAGACUCGUCCAUGGGUUGGCAGAGGAAUUAGGCCUGAACACCACCAUUCCUUACAGAGUGUGGUUCGAGGGCCAGCAGGUUGGUGGGUGGACUCAAGUUUAUGGCAAUGUCCUUUCCUUUGCCACCAUCAGAGGAGCAUCGCACGAAGCGCCAUUCUCACAGCCUGAGAGAUCGCUUGUCCUCUUCAAAUCCUUCUUGGAAGGGCAGCCUCUACCGGAAGCGUUCUGAUCUAGUGAUCAGAUUUAGAAAAUGAACCUGAGAGUGUGAACAAAGUUUGAAUGCAAGAAAUUGCUGUUGUUUGCCGCAUGAGAAUGGAAAAUUUAAUUGGUUUUUUGUUUGUAGCUCUGGCUUGUCCACCCCAUGAAUUGUAAAAGUCUGUAAAUCUAUUGAGAAGGAAAGAAAUAGAAGAUAUAUGAGAAUCGAAAUGAAAGAAAAUUUGUUCUCUCA